CCAUUUAUAAAUUAGUUAAAUUUUUCGCAAGGGUAGUAUCACGUAAGUGACGAAGUAUAGUGGAGUUAAAACCUUGUCCUACUUUUGUUGAUAUAUAAAAUAGAUACUAUUUCAGUUUACCAUCGUUACAAGCGCUGUACUUAGAAUUCGUAAAUCAACAUCUACUUAAAAAUGCUACGAGUUACAAAUGUUCCAAUGCUAAGACCUACAAAUUUGGUAAAAGUCAUUGACUUAAACAUCAGAUGUUUAGCAACACAAGCAGUUGCAAAAAAUGCAAGAGUGGAAAAACCAAAGAAAAGUACUGUAGCCAAAGAAUCCCAGUCCUUUGUCAUGAAUAUUUUUCGUGGUCAAUUACAAACCAGCCAAGUAUUUCCAUUCCCAGAAAGUUUAACUGAGGAACAAGUUGAUACAUUGAAAAUGUUGGUUGAUCCUAUAGAAAAAUUCUUUGAGGAAGUAAAUGAUCCAAUGAAAAAUGAUGAUACUGCAUCAAUAGAUGAAAAAACCUUGACAGCAAUGUGGGAACUUGGAGUAUUUGGACUUCAAGUUCCACAACAUUAUGGUGGAUUAGGAUUAAAUAAUACUCAGUACAGCAGGUGUGUUGAAAUCUGUGGAUAUCAUGAUUUAGGUGUUGCUAUUGCUUUGGGUGCACAUCAAAGUAUAGGAUUUAAGGGUAUACUCUUAUUUGGCACACCAGAGCAAAAGGACAAAUAUUUGCCAAGAGUUUGUAAUGGAGAAUAUGCAGCAUUUUGUCUUACAGAACCAAGUUGUGGUUCGGAUGCAGGUUCAAUUCGUUCCAAAGCAGUUAAAUCACCAGAUGGAUCACAUUAUAUUUUAAAUGGUAGCAAAAUCUGGAUAUCAAAUGGUGGUAUAGCAGAGAUAAUGACUGUGUUUGCACAAGUCCCUACAAAAGAUCCAGAAACAGGUGAAAUUAAAGACAAAAUCACUGCAUUUAUUGUUGAAAGAUCAUUUGGUGGUGUAACUAGUGGGCUACCAGAAAAGAAAAUGGGUAUUAAAUGCAGUAAUACGGCGGAAGUAUAUUUUGAAGAUGUUAAAAUACCAGCAGAGAAUGUCUUAAGUGCUGAAGGACAAGGUUUUAAGGUUGCAAUGAGUAUCUUAAAUAACGGCCGAUUUGGGAUGGCAGCCGCUCUGUCCGGUACUAUGCGCUAUUGCAUUAAAAAAGCAGUUGAUCAUGCGACACAACGCGUACAAUUUGGACGUACAAUAGAUAAUUACGGAAGUAUUCAAGAAAAAUUGGGUCGUAUGGCAAUGUUGCAUUAUGUAACCGAAACACUUGCAUAUACAAUUUCUGGUAAUAUGGAUAAUGGAAGUCAAGAUUAUCACUUGGAAGCUGCAAUUUCUAAAUGUUUUGCGUCAGAAUCUGUAUGGUGGGUUUGUGACGAAGCUAUUCAAGUAUUAGGGGGAAUGGGAUUCAUGAAAGAAGCUGGCCUCGAACGAGUUAUGCGAGAUAUUCGUAUCUUUAGAAUUUUUGAAGGAACUAACGAUAUUCUUCGUCUUUUCGUUGCUCUUACUGGAAUUCAAUAUGCAGGAAGUCAUUUAAAAGAAUUACAGAAUGCAUUUAAAAAUCCUACUGCUAAUUUAGGAUUGAUUUUUGAGGAAGCAACCAAAAGAGCAACGCGAGCCAUUGGAUUGGCAUCAGUACCUAAUUUGACAAAUUUAGUCCAUCCGAGUUUGGAAGAAAGUGCUACAUUAUGUGCCAAGAGCAUUGAAGCUUUUGGACCAUGCAUCGAAUCCACUCUUAUCAAGCAUGGACGAAAGAUUGUAGAUGAGCAAUUUAUUCUUAAUAGAAUAUCUCAAGCAGCAUUUGAUACAUACACUAUGGCUGCAGUAUUAAGUCGAGCAAGUAGGUCUGCAAAUAAAAAUAUUCCAAGUGCGGAACACGAGCUGCUCAUGGCCAAAACUUGGUGUGCUGAAGCAGCCAGUCGUAUAGACCAAAACUUAAAGUCAGUUUCAUCCGGCAAACAAUUAGAAAUAUUUAGUAAUUUAAGUAAAAUUUCAAGGAACAUGUGUGAUGCUGGAGGAUACGUUCAAAUGAACCCAUUAGGUUUUUAAUUAUACAUAAAAUUGUUGUAACAUGUGCAAGGAAUAUCUUUGAAAGAUUUCUAAUAUAAAUUAAACUGAGAAUUACGAAA